UUACAACCAGCUACAGCAACCAUGAGGCUGCUGGUGAUGGUGGGUGGUGCCCUCCUGGUGGCCUGGUGCAGGGCAGCUGCCGUGUCCCCCCAUAAUGGUGAACCUCCUGGUGACGCCACUUCCAUCAGAAGCGCCCGCCGUCGGGGUCCGGUUCUGGCAUACCACCAUCCAUUAGGAUUUUUCCGUGGCAUUUCUCCAGAUGCUGUCGAUGCUACUUCCUACAGCGGUCCUUCUCACCCCGCUCACGUUGACCAGUCAAGUUAUUUCUCACGUGGUAAUAUUAAACCGUCCAUCCACGGCUUCGGUGGCGGUAGAUUCUUGGGCAAUGACCGCGGUUCCGGUGGUUCAUUAGGUGUUCCUGGAGGUUUACACCGAGGGUUUGAUGGAUCCACGAACGAUCUUGAUGGUCCCUUAGGAUCCUCCGGUGGCGCCUUCAAGGAUUUACGUAAAUCUAUUGUCAGUGUUCCUGGCUUCAUCAGAGGUAAUAGGGGCUCCUUCGGUGUUCCUCGUGGCUAUAAUCCUAGCUUCAAAGGCUUCGGUGGAAAUUAUGGUAAACAACUCGGCCUUGGGAAGUAAAGUGUUUUUGUCUUUGGUGAAUGUAGAUAUUUCAAAGGGACAAUAUUCUUGUCUCAAGUCAUGAUUAAUGCAUCAAUUCAGCGGUUGUAACUCAAAUGACGAAGUAAUUUUGUGAAUAAUUAUUGCCAAUGAAGAAUGUUUUGUGAAUAAAGCAAUAUGGUCAGUGA